GCCAACUCCCUCACUUCUUCCGUCUGCUCACCGGCAAGCUUUAUCAUCCGAAGUGCAACUUCCGCUGGUGAUAUUCAUUUGAAAAGAACUAAUAUAUUUCGAUCCCUCUGCUCCUUUUGAUAAGCUACGCGUCGAAUGGCUAUCGAAGAGGUCUGCCGCAUAUUCCAAGAGUACCUGCGGGACAACAUCCCACAUCGACUAAUCACAACAUCAAAGAUGCAAGUCGUACAACAGCAAGGGGUGGAGGAGCUAUAUAUGCCGUCUAUCAAGGCUGUGACAGAGAGAGAUAUAGAGCAACACACAUUCUACCCGAAUCAGCGAAGGGACGAAGUGAUCAGAAACAUUGUGAAAGGCACAGUCAAAUAUGCCGUUCUGUCUCACCGAUGGUGCCGCGAAGGAGAGAUAACGCUGCAGGAGAUGACAUCGUGUUGCACAGCGGUCGAGAAAUCCUCGAGUCGCAACAAAUUAGCGGCCUUCUGUCAAAGGGCAGCGGAAUACGGAUGUGAUUUUGCCUGGGCAGACACAUGUUGUAUUGAUAGGUCCAAUGUCUCUCCAGAAGAGCUCGAUAAAAGCAUGCCUCAGAUAUUCAGGUGGUAUCGAAACGCACAUGUCUGCAUUGUGCACCUUGCGGAGUCGUCCACAUUGGACGACUUCCUGCGCGACUCGUGGUUUUUGCAAAAUUGGACUUUGCAAGAGCUCCUCGCCCCAGUUAGAGUCAAAUUCUAUGGACGAACGUGGAGCCCGAUUCACAAUAUAAGAAUCGACAACGACAAAGCGGACCAGAGAUUGCUAGCUGCGCUUUCCACUGGCACCGGGAUCCCGGUGAAAGACAUCCAAUGCUAUUGGGCAGGCACAGAGAGAGUACGUGAAAAGCUCAUGUGGGCAUCUCACCGGACUUCCCGAAAAGUAGAGGAUGGCGCCUACUCACUGCUGGCACUUUUCGACGUGCACGUGCACGUGGAGUAUGGCAUAGGAGAUGAUUCGUUUGGCAGAUUGAUGGAAGUUCUCCUGCCAAUAAGCCAGGAGUGCGACAUACUUGCCUGGGCUGGCAUAGCAUCCACCAAAUAUGCGUUCUUACCACCAUCGGCACAGGGGUAUGGCACUCAAUAUUUGGACGGCUCCUAUAAUCCCAGUCAUGAGCACUACAGACUGCAUGGAGACCAAGCCAUGAUGAUCGUCGAUGGGCGACUGCGGUUGAAGCUCCUGAUGGUCGAGUUACAUGAAGUAACAUUCGGAGAUCAAAGGACUUUCUUGCAGGACGGUUACCACGCAUAUGCUCUCUUGCCAAAGGGACUACCCCCCAAUGUGGCGAUGAAUCAUGUGUCCGUUAUUUUUAGCAACAACACACCUUGGCGUCCGUCAAAACUGGCACUCGGGGUUGUCGAUUAUGGUUGGACACCUGAUGACAAGGAGGGACUGUUGGAAAAGGGCCGUACCCAUUUUUGCCUCCUCUUCGGAGCGGAUAAUACACAGACUAGUUGGCAAAAGCUAAUGACGGACAAAGUGGUCACCAUAAAAAACAAGGACAACAUUAGACAACGCCUAGAAACUAUACUGAUGUGAUUUAGUACUUUCAAGUUUCAACCCACCUGUGUUACCUUUCGUGAGUUCCCUUUUACCGGACAGUUUAUUAUCCCGAGAUAGUAUACAGUCACCCCGAGAUAAUACUACUGCCCCAGAAUAUCAUAAUGCACACUGACAUAUAGAUACUGGCACAAGAUGUGUUUGCGAGAUGUAUUUGGUUCCUUCCUUUGCUCACCGAAAUGCUGUGGUUGCCAGCCACAGAGUUUUCAUGCACAGAGUUUUUUUGUUACACCGAGUCUGCAUUGCACCGAGU